CUACGUGUGCAGAAUUGUGGUCGGGGGCUGUGUGCGCAUAUCUGUGGCACUUGGGAGGAAGUCUGACCUGAGUGAAAUAAGCUGUAACUUCCUGACUGAGCAUUUGCAAUGAGGAAGAGUCUUACAGGGAGGGGCAAAGGAUCCUGUAGCUUGUCAACGACACACUUUCAUCCCACUGCACAGCUGUUUUCAUGCUGAAUUCCAAGACUUCCAUAUUUCCAUCCACAUUACCAUCACUUUCUCUGAUGCGAGUGUCAGAGUCUGGCUUGGUUUCACUUACUUUGCUGGAUUUCCACACGUGCUGCUUGUACAGCCUUCCUAGAGUUUCUGCACUGGCCCAACAUGGACGCUGUGGAUUCUGACAAGAUCCAGGUUGGAGAAAACAAAUUUGUAAACAAGAGCGUUAUUCUCUCACACCUUCAAACGUAUAACCUUUAUUAUGAAGGAGAAAGUCUCCAGCUGAGGCACAGAGAGGAGGAAGGAGAGUUGAUCAUAGAGGGCUUGCUCAAUGUUUUUUGGGGUGUGCGGCGGCCAAUCAGACUGCAGAUGCAAGAUGAGAAGGAGUCAAUCAGGCCACAUCCCUCACUAACAUCUCUGAGCGAUGAAACAGACAUCAACACAGUCAAAAAUGAUGAAACAAAUCAGCCGUGUAUUUCUGCAACAGAUGACCAAUCAAACGACUCGGGUGAAGAGAAGGGAGAAUCAGGUGAGGGCCAGAAGGAGUCGACACACUCGGAUCGGGUCACCAGGACCAGGAGUGAUGUCAGCGCGAGGAGAAUCAGUGGACGCCGACUUGGCAUCAGGAGAGUCAAGAGACACAGAUGCUCCUUCAACGGACACUUUUAUAACCACAAGACAGCGGUUUUUACGCCGGCGUUCGGCUCUGUGACCAACGUCCGCAUCAACAGCUGCAUGACGACGGCACAGGUAAUGCGGGUGUUGCUGAGCAAGUUCAAGGUUGAGAACAGCCCAGAUGAGUUCAGCCUCUAUCUUGUCCACACGAGUGGCGAGAGACAUCAGCUGAAGCCCAGUGAUCAUCCUUUGGCGGUCAGAGUUUUGCAAGGUCCUUGUGAACAGGUCAGCAAAAUGUUCCUAAUGGAGACGGACCAGGUGGAAGAGGUCACCCAUGACGUGGCACAAUACAUCAAGUUUGAGCUUCCUGUUUUACAAAGCUUCAUUGCUAAACUGCAAGAGGAAGAAGAAAGAGAGAUGCUGAAACUGAAGAAGAGGUACGCUGAUUUGCGCCGUAUCAUCAAGAGAUACAUGAAGUCUUUAGCUGAUAAAACUACUUGAUGAUGCAAGCACCAAAAAUGGCGCUAUCUCAGGAUCAGGAACAUAUCCUUACUUUAGUUUGGCUUUCUAUGAGCCUGUUAUUGUGUUCAUGUAGCCUAUUACAAUAUCAUAAUACAGAAAUAUCCAAAAGUACCAUGGCUUUCUCUAAAUAAGCUUUAUUGGAUAAACAGCAGAUAGACAGAUACUUUCUUUUUCACAAAGGAAGUCAAAUGGGUCGAUGUCCGACUUUUAUGCACAAUUGUAAUGAGCCAUAAGAGUGUUUAUUUUUCUAGUUAUUAAAAAUCUGACAGACAAUGUGAAACGAAGAGAAAUAAUUUGUAAAUCUAAUCUAUUUGCCUUAUUAUAUUGCAGACUAUUUGUUAUGUUUGUUAGUAUUAAAAAUAUUUAAUAUCUUUAAUUUGUGAGGCGGUUUACAAGUGUACUGUGUAUGCACAGAUUUUUGAUUUUAAAUAAAAAAAAUACAGAAUGUA